AAUGGGAAACAUAGGGCUUGUGAUUUUAGCAUAGACUUUGUGUAUCUGCUCUCAUUAAGAAGCAGUUUGUGAUUUGACAGCUCGGUUGCUUUGAGAUGAUGGGGCUCAUCCCUCGGAAGCCUUAGAGGAUGUUGGUGUCAGUAUGAAGCUUCAGCCAUCACCACUGGUGUUCUCUGCAGCAUUAUUUGUGGAGGGAAGGGCACCAUUUGGUUAUUUAUUUAUUUAUAUCUGACCAGACCAAAGUAGAACAGGAACUCAAGCUGUCGAUUCAGAUUGAACAUGCACGGCUCUGAAAACUCAACAAAGCUGAAGGUGGACAAGGAGAAAAUGUGCUGACCGGGAAGCUAACAGGUAGAAGCCAGCCAGAUGAAGAUGGAGAACAACACCAGCACUGGAGAGAAUGAAACAGAAUUCUUGCCCAACCGGGAGGUGAUCACCAUUGAAUAUCAAGUGGUCACUAUCUCUUUGGUUCUCAUCAUCUGUGGGUUAGGCAUUGUGGGCAACAUCAUGGUGGUACUGGUAGUAAUUAGGACAAAGCACAUGAGGACCCCAACCAAUUGUUAUCUGGUGAGCCUUGCGGUAGCUGACCUCAUGGUUCUGGUGGCUGCCGGACUUCCCAAUAUCACCGAGAGUGUCUAUGGAUCCUGGGUGUAUGGCUACAUCGGAUGCCUCUGUAUUACUUAUCUCCAGUACCUUGGCAUUAAUGCAUCUUCUUGCUCUAUAACCGCCUUCACUGUUGAGAGGUACAUAGCUAUUUGCCACCCUAUCAAAGCCCAGUUUUUAUGCACUUUCUCUAGAGCCAAAAAGAUCAUCAUUUUUGUCUGGGCAUUCACCUCCAUCUACUGCAUGCUCUGGUUUUUCUUGUUAGAUCUCAACACGGUCAUCUACAAAGAUACCACCACAGUCGCCUGUGGGUAUAAAGUGUCCAGGAGCUACUAUUCUCCAAUCUAUAUGAUGGACUUUGGAAUAUUUUAUGUCAUGCCGAUGAUAUUAGCAACUGUUCUUUAUGGGUUAAUCGCCAGGAUAUUGUUCCUGAAUCCCAUCUCUUCAGAUCCUAAAGAAAACUCCAAGCCAUGGAAGAACAACUCGGCUUCCCUGGACAAGACGAAAGUGGCCAACAAGGGUAUAAAUAGUGCAGUGGCUUCUAGAAGACAGGUUACCAAAAUGCUGGCUGUAGUUGUGAUCCUGUUUGCACUUUUGUGGAUGCCCUACAGGACCCUCGUGGUUAUCAACUCUUUCCUGUCCCACCCUUUCCAAGAAAACUGGUUCCUGCUCUUCUGCAGGAUCUGCAUUUACCUAAAUAGUGCCAUUAACCCUGUGAUUUACAACCUCAUGUCCCAAAAAUUCAGAGCAGCCUUCAAAAAACUCUGCAAAUGCCAGCAAAAACAGUUGGAGAAGCCUACCAGCUACAGUGUGGUCCUCAACUACAGUGUCAUCAAGGAAUCCGAUCAUUUCAACACAGAGUUGGAGGAAAUCACCGUCGUCGAUGCUUUCAUGUCAUCUGCAAAAGCUUCCUUUGAUGAUACCUGUGUGUCUUCUGAGGUGAUAUAAAAACAAAGGAAUCUACAUCUCGCACUCUGUUUUGCUUCUCCAGCUUCAUUUUUCUCAUGGAAUUACUCAGCUCCCUACCACUCUGGUUAUUUUCUAGUAACAUUUGAUAACGCUCAGUGUUUCCAAGGCUGACUCUUAUUCACAUCAAAUGGAAGCUAAUUCACAUCAAAUGGAAGCUACUUCGUAUCAGUAGUUUAUACUUGCUUUAUGGGGAAAAAAGAAGGAAAAAAAUAUAUAUGUCAUCUUAUGGAUCCUAUCAUUAAUUUCAAAUCUAUGUACUAUAGAAACAAUGUGUUGUUCAGUUCUAAGGGAUGGUAUUAGACAGGGUGCAUUUAGGAGUGUAGCCCCAGGCCAAAAACAAAUUUGAUAGUCCCAACAUGGCCAACUGGCUGAAACAUCUGUUGAACAAUCAACACCUGUGUAAAAUUCCAUUGAUUCAAUGGGUAUUCUUUGGUUGGGAUGGGGAACUGGGAUUGAGACCCUAAUGGUAAUACUUCAGGUGGUAUUGCACAUUACAGGAAACAGAUAAGGAGAUAAAUAAGUUAUUUUUCUGCCCCAAUUUUAUGCUUGGAUAUCCAGUAUCACCUUUUGAAGACUUCCAGGUGCAGUGUAGUGGACAGAGUGAUGGACUAGGAAUUAGGGGACCCUGAGUUAGAAUAAACAGUCUUUUAUUUCUUGAGAGAUCUCUGCUCUUAACAAUGUGUCAGUUGUACUGUCUAGUUUAGCCCUUAGCUACUUCCUCCAUUGAUGGAGGAAGUGUAAGUUUCUACUGGAAGGAAAUACAUUGUAGGUCACACAGUCGGAGACCUUUGGGUAGAGUGGGCGGCAUGUAAGUUAAAUAAAUAAUAAAUAAUAAUAAUUCUUCAACAUGAAGGAUGGUGUAUUGGGAAAAGCCAUGUCCCAGCAGGUGAUGCUCCAUCAGAGGAAACUGGCUCCAUCAGAUCUUGUCACAAGGAAAUGGAUGGUGACAGCAGCCACGAAAUUAAAAGA